AUGGGGUGCAUAGCAAGAGGCACAGCAGAAAUGGAGAUGUUGCAAGAGCUUCCCGCACUCUAUUUGAACAGCAGCCUCCAGAAUGAUUACGCAAACAACAGUAACGUCACCAACCACACCAUUAUCAUCUACUACCCUUACUACCAGCACUCUCUACCUGUGGCUGCCGCCCUGACCGUGGCCUACCUCUUCAUCUUCCUGCUGUGCAUGGUGGGAAACGGCUUGGUGUGUCUGAUUGUGCUGGAGAACCGGCGGAUGAGAACAGUCACCAACCUCUUCAUCCUCAACCUGGCCGUGAGCGACCUUCUGGUGGGCGUUUUCUGCAUCCCGACAACCCUGGUGGACAACCUCAUUACAGGCUGCUUUCUGGAGCAGAGCAUGCCUGGCCUUGAUAGUUUUUCUUCUGCAAGAGAUAUUUUUGAACAGUGUUUCAGCUGCCUUACAAUGAAAAGCUCUGUUCCAAUCUCCUCCAGGUUCCAUUGCAUUGUGUACCCCUUCCGGCCCAAACUCACCCUGCUGGUGGCCAAAGGGACCAUAGUGAUGAUCUGGGGGCUUGCGGUGGUGAUUAUGUGUCCGUCGGCGGUGACGUUAACCGUGAAGAGAGUGGAGCAUCACUACAUGGUCCACGAUGAAGACUACAACCGCACAUACCCGCUGUUCUCCUGCUUCGAGAACUGGGCCAGCCCACAGAUGAGGAAAGUCUACACCACCGUCCUGUUUGCGCACAUUUACCUCAUUCCCCUCACCCUGAUCACGCUCAUGUACGGACGCAUCGGGAUCAAACUCUACACCACCUCUGUGAUCUCUGGGAACGAUCAGUUGGCCAAUAUAGGACAGUCUCACGGAGCCCAGCAUGAAGGAAGGCCACUCAUUUCCCAAAAGAAGAUCAAAGUGAUUAAGAUGUUGAGUGUGGUGGCGCUUUUAUUCACGCUUUCCUGGCUGCCUCUCUGGACUCUGAUGCUCCUCACCGAUUACGGAGGUCUGAAUGAAGACGUGCUGGAUCUGUUGAGCGGCUAUGUCUUCCCAUUCGCUCACUGGCUGGCGUUUUCCAACUCGAGCGUCAACCCUAUUAUUUACGGAUACUACAAUGAAAACUUCAAGAGGGGGUUUCAGUCGGUGUGCCGAACGCAUUCGUGCUGCUGUGACACGAUGAAGGAGAGGAGCAGACUGCGACGGAAAUCCAGAGGAGAUGUGAGGGAUGCUGUGGUCAAUUCCAACCCCUUGGCAUUCAGCGGAAGGAACCGGGUUUACACCGACGGCGAUGUGAAGGACACCAGGACUUGUCUGGAGUUGGAGCACAGGAGAACCGGUCGGCUUUGUAAUAACUCGGUCUGCUCAAAUGACACUGGAUCCAGCGCAGGAUCUGGGAUAAAAGGUGCCACGAAGCAAAAAGUGUUUCAGAUGGAGGAGGCAGAGAAAAUAAGUCCCAUCAGGGUGGGUAAAAACCUAGCCUGGGACCAAUAG